CACCCAUACAUGUUCAAGGUUAUAACUUAUAUUUACCGGAUUUUGUGAAUUUAUACUGUUUUUCUUACCUUUUUAUUAUGUCAACAAAUUGUAUAUUCUGUAAAAUAAUUUCCGAUGAGGUGACCAGCACGAAAUACUUUGAGAACGACGAAUUACUAGUGUUCAAAGAUAUAAAACCUGCUUCCAAAGUUCACGUCUUAGCAAUACCCAAAAAACAUAUUGUAAAUGUUAAUUCAUUAACGAAAAGUGAUAUACCGUUAAUAAACCAACUGCUUGAGAAUGGUAAACGAAUAGUGGAAGAACUGGGUGGGGAUACAGAGGAUAUGUUAAUGGGAUUUCAUAAACCACCCUUUAAUUCUAUAUCCCAUUUGCAUUUACAUUUAAUUAGUCCUUGUAAAGAUAUGAGUUUAAUAAGUCGACUAAUGUUUUGUGGGUGGUGGUUUACUUCUGUCGAUAAUGUAUUAACAGCAAUAAAAAGCAAACUUUAACUUAAGAUUUAUUGAAAAUUUUAACACAUUAAAAUAAAAUAUUAAUGAAAGUAUAAAAAUAGGUUUUAAUUUACAAUUUUAUGGAAUGGUUAGUAACUAGUAGAAUACAGAGGUAGGUAGCACAAAUUACUAAUAGUAUAAAAAAUAAUAAAUUAAGUUCCCAUAAGUUUUUGUAAUUGUUAAAAUACAUAAUACAACUUUAACUAAUACUAUGCAACAAUUUUAGGUUUAUUAAAAAUUACCUGGAUUCACUCUAAAAUUUAGCUCACUUUAAAA